GCCCUGGGGACAAUAUAAAACAGGUCAGAACCCUCUUGUCUGCCUACCCAGUUCCUCCCAAGAAGCAGCUGCUCCAGGAACGAAGGUGCCAUGCAGCCCCGGGUCCUCCUCAUCGCUGCCCUCCUGGCGCUCCUGGCCACUGCCCGAGCUGCAGAGGACAAGGAUGCCUCCCUUCUGGACGUGGUGCAGGGCUACAUGCAGCAGGCCUCCAAGACAGCAAAGGAUACGCUGACCAGCGUGCAGGAGUCCCAGGUGGCCCAGCAGGCCAGGGACUGGGUGAACGAUGGCCUUAGCUCCCUGAAAGACUACUGGGGCAAGUUAAAGGGCAAGUUCUCCAGCUUCUGGGAUUCCACCUUUGAGGACACAACUCCAAGCCCUGCGGUUGCCUGAGACCUCUACACCACAAGUCCACCUGCCCAUCCAUCCUGCUGGCUCUUUGGGUUCUGUGGCCUCCGGGGCUGCCCCUGAAGGUCGCUUAAAAAGGACGGCAUCCCCAGUGCCCUCUCACCCUACCCCAGACCCGAUCCCCCCCAGGCAGGCCCACCUCCCAAUAAAGCUGGAUGAGAAGCUGCCGCAA